GAGAAUAAUCCAGGAUAUAAUGUUGUAAAUUUCAAAGCAAAAACACAGUCGUUGCUAUGCCCUUUGUCCAUACUGGAUAGUUGAAUGGUGAUUGUUUACUCCGUCCCAAACAAAAACAGAAAAAAAAGUCGCCGCUUCUUCCUCCACACUCCUACCACCACCUCCCUCUGACCCUCUCCCUCUCCCUCUCCAACCAUCGCACAAGAUGGACAAACGAUCCGGAGAAAGUCCUAUGGACUUUGAAUGGCAAACCAGGGCUCCUGGCGAUGUCACUUCCCCAUUCUACCAGCUCAGCAUGCAGCAUGAGAACCAGAAGAAGCGCCCCCAUAGCACCUUCGACUCCCCCGAGAAGAAAUCCAUGCCUGCCCUCCGCGAACCAAACUCUCAACCCUUCCUCUUCUCUCAACCACCCGGGACUCCCAAAUCGGCCUUCGCCCAACCCGCCUUCAUGACACCCCGCAAAUUCGACCUCGACUUCUCCUCCGGCGCAGAAAACAUGUCCUCGCCUGAGAAUGCAGAUAACGAAGAUACCCCCGAGCCGACGCCCGCGAAGAACGGUGCACACCGAAAUUCGUUGUUCAGUAUGUACGGACGGUUUGCGCCUGCGCCCAGUCCUGGCCGCGGUGAGAUUCCGCGGGUGAGCCAUUACUCGAAUGCGCUGGCGAGACGGGUGCAGAAGAGGCGGAGGAGGGAUAAGGCGCUGGAUAUGCGGUUACGACAGGACAGUGACGAUGAGGAUGAUGAUCGGCCGAGCAGCAGUGAGAGUAAUCAGCAGAACCAGCUGCAGGGGCAGGGACAAUCGAAUCAGCAAGAGUCAUCAGUAUCGCGAAUGUCGUUUUCCGACUUCUUCGCCCUUCUCGAGGCGCAUCCUUAUGUUCCGAGUAUUCUGUCGUGGUGGGCACAAUUGGUGGUGAAUCUAUCGUUGUUUUCGUUGGCUGUUUACGUGGUUUUUGGGUUCGUGUCGGCUAUUCGGGCUGAAUUCGAGCAGGCGGCUGAGGAGGUGUCGGAUGGGAUAUUGGCGGAGAUGGCUACUUGUGCAAAGAGUUAUGUGGACAACAGAUGCGCAGGGAACGAUCGACUACCCGCGCUGGAGACGGUUUGCGAGAACUGGGAGCGUUGUAUGAACCGCGAUCCGGCGAAGGUUGGACGGGCGAAAGUGUCGGCACAUACGAUGGCGGUUAUCAUUAACAGCUUCAUUGAUCCUAUCAGCUGGAAGGCAAUCCUCUUCUUCCUCGCUACGAUAUCAACCGUCACUGUCGUCAGCAACUGGUCCUUCCGCUCCUUCAGAAACCGUCUCAACCAGCACGAAUACCCACACCCUCAUCCUCCCCCGUUCUCCCGCCAGAACUCGGCCCAAUAUGCUCCCAUUGCCACGUCACAAGGACAAUACCAGAACGGCCACAACUACGGAUAUCUCGACCAUCAGGAGCAGAAGCUCGCACCUGCCCCGAACUUGGACGAAAAGCAGAACGGCCCAGUGCUACUGGAGCACCCCAGGAUGAACUAUGUGACGGGGCGGAAUCGCGAUCGGGAGAUUCAACUGCGGUCUCCUAGUCCUGUCAAACGGCGCAAUUUGCUUUAACGCGUUGCAAUACGACACAAUGUGGAGCAUGGUAGGGGUAUAUGGCGUUUUUCGUUAACUUUAUAGUCACUUUAUUUUAUAUUACACCUUCUGUCAAAUGUAUUUUUCAAGCUUUUUGGCAAGCAUGUGGCUACGGACCAAGCGUGAGCGUUUCUGUGUACACAGUGGAAUAUACCUUUAGAAUUAAAGUCUCUUUACU